AUGCCCAGCAUCCCGACCCACGCUAUCGCGACCCGCGUCCUGCACGGCGACGACGUGCAGUCCGCCGCCGAGCGGGCGUUCCACCCCGUCGUGCCCCCCAUCUACUGGAGCGCGACCUUUGCUGCCGAGGACGCCGAGACGUUUGCAGGCAUGUCGGCCGACCCCCGCCACCCGGCCGUCUACACGCGCCACGCGAACCCGACGCACGAGCGCGUGCAGCGCAUCAUGGCCGACCUCGAGGGCACCGAGGACGCGCUCCUCACGGCGUCGGGCAUGGGCGCCAUCUCGACCAGCAUCCUCGCGCUCGUCAAGAAGGGAGACCAUGUGAUCGCGCAGACGCGCCACUACAUGGCUGCGUCGCGCCUGUUUGCCGACGUCCUCCCCAGCUACGGCGUCGACGUGUCGAUCGUCGAGCAGACCGACCUCGCAAACUUUGAGAAGGAGAUCAGGCCCAACACGGUGCUGAUCUACAUCGAGACGCCCGCAAACCCGACCAUUGUGCUCACCGACAUUGUCGGCGUCGUCGAGCUGGCCAGGAAGCACUCGACGCCCAACAACCGCAUCCUCACGGUUGCCGACAACACGUUCGCUGGCCCAGUCAACACGCGCCCGGCUGUCGACGGCGUCGACGUGGUCGUGCACUCGGCGACCAAGUCGCUCGGCGGCCACCACGACCUGACGGCUGGAGUGAUCUGCACGUCCAAGGAGCUGGCGACCAAGAUCCACCUGAUGCACACGAUCCUCGGGUCGGUCGCGUCGCCGAUGGACGCGUGGCUGCUCCUCCGCGGCAUCCGCACGCUUACGCUGCGUAUCGACAAGAUCAACAGCAACGCGCUCGCCAUCGCCGAGUUCCUCGAGAAGCAGCCCAAGGUCGAGAAGGUCUACUACCCCUUGCUCAAGAGCCACCCGCAGCACGAGCUCGCCAAGCGCCAGAUGAAGGGCGGCGGACCUGUGAUUGCGUUCGCAGUCAAGGGCGACUACAAGGCGACGGCCGAGUUUGUCGCCCAGCUCAAGCUCAUCGUGCACGCCGUCAGCCUGGGCGGCAUCGACUCGCUCAUCGUGCACACGGCGACCAUGUGGCGCAGCACCAUGACCGAGCAGCAGAUGGAGGAGGCGGGCAUCGCCGUCAACUUUGUCCGCUUCUCCGUCGGAGUCGAGGACGUCGAGGACUUGAAGGCGGAUCUGACGCAGGCGCUGGCCACUGUGCCAAACUAG